UUUAAACUUGCAAUUGGAUAAUUUCUGCUCAGUUCCAUCACCCGUUAUUUAAAUUAAUUAAACUGAAUAUACAUAGUUUAUUGUUUAACGUUUUCUGUUGUUGUUACUUCAUUUCGAUGUUUUUAAGAAAAUAUACCAAAACCAAAGAAACUUGUGUUGUCUUUCUAAAGAAAAAUAUUUUACAAUGAUUUCUUUUACAGACUAAUAUUUCUAAAAACAAAUAUGACAGUGAAUAAAUGUGAGCGCUCAUCUUGAUUUACGGAUUUGGGGCAUUCCCUAAGGAAAUGGAUUAAACAGCGACCAGCAGCUGGAACUCCAAGAAAAGAAUCACUUAGUUCAAAAGAACUGGUUCAUGGCUAGCACAACACAGUAUUUACUUUUUUUCAAUGAAACAUAUUUAUAUUGAUUUUGUAAUGCUAAAUAAAUUGAUGUUUUUCUAUAUAAUAUGCGAUCAAUCAUUACUGCUCUCUGAUAUAUAGCUUCAAAUAAUAAUAUAUACAUACACACUAUAUUGGGCAGCGCUCUGCUUUAUGAUAUCCAAACAAACACACUUGUACAAAUAUACAUACAUACAUACAUUCGUGCAUAAAUGUAUCUAUGUAGCAAUAUCAGAAACAAAAUGCGGCACUUCCACAUGUGCUUUCUAAGUUGUGUGGCCCUCACUACUAUUUUGUACAUAUUUCACGAGCGUCCAAAUUGGGACCAUGCAGCAUCUGCCCAAUCCGACACUGAAACCAAUGAAAUGCGCCAUAAGAAAAACACCUUUCAUAUUGUUGCAGUCGCCUGUGGCCAACGCGCUCAAGAGACGCUAGUUAUGAUAAAGUCAGCUCUACUUUAUAAUUAUUAUCAGGAAUAUAUUAAAUUUAUAAUAUUUACGGAAGCUCCAUUAACUGAUAUAAUAAGCGAGAAACUGACUGACUGGCGCGAUACACUUUCUCAGCAAUUUGACUUUGAACUAUUGUCAUUAAAAUUUCCAAAUCAAAGUGCGAAAGAAUGGAAAAAUCUGUUUAAGCCUUGCGCCGCCCAACGCCUAUUCUUACCUUCUUUAUUGAAGGAUGUUGAUUCGUUGUUAUAUGUUGAUACAGAUAUAUUGUUUUUAUCUCCAAUUACGGAUAUAUGGAAAUAUUUUGCAAAAUUUAAUGAAACUCAAAUCGCCGCUCUGGCGCCUGAGCACGAAAAUGAAAAUAUUGGAUGGUAUAAUCGAUUUGCACGCCAUCCAUUUUAUGGACGACUUGGCGUCAACUCUGGAGUCAUGCUUAUGAAUCUAACACGCAUGCGGCAAUUCAAUUGGGAGCAGCAUGUAUUUCCUAUUUAUAAAGAAUUUAAGCUACGAAUUACGUGGGGCGAUCAAGAUAUUAUAAAUAUUCUUUUUUAUUACCACCCAGACAAACUAUAUAUAAUUCCAUGUGAAUAUAACUAUCGACCCGACCACUGUAUGUACAUGAGUAUUUGCAAUUCUUCUCGAUCAGGCAUAAAGCUAAUACACGGUAAUCGGGGCUAUUUCCAUUCCGAUAAGCAACCAUUAUUUAAAACAAUCUAUUCGGCUAUAGAAAGCUAUCAGCUAAGCUCUAAUGUAUACAACGAUUUCCUGUUACCGCUUCGCGCAGCAUUGAAUACACAAUCUGUUAACGAAUCUAGUUGUGGAAAAGUCUCAGGUGAUAUUCUGUUAGUGGCGAAUAGUCUUUUUAGUAGUUCAUAUUGAAUGGGUAGUACAUAGUGAUUGGGCUGUACGUACACAUCCCAAUCAUAUUAUUAAGUUAAAGCUUCCCAGACUAGAAUCUCAUACAUUAUUGUCCAUAUUUAGUAACCAAUAGCUUUUAAUUAGGGAUUUUGUUUUUUCUAUAUUUUCGUGAAAUAAUAAGACGAGCUUAAAAGUAUUUGUUUUUAUUUUAAAUGAAAAUAAAAUUUCAAAAGAUAAUGAAUAGUAUAAAUGUAAAUAGAAACCUUAAAAACUCUAAAUAUGGCACCUUUCCAGGAAAAGUACUUAAAUCUACAAUACAAACACAAACAAAUCAUAAAUGACAAAAUUACUCUUUGUUCAAGUCUCAUGUAAUAUUUUUACAAACAUAUCCGGAGAAGCAAUACAAUGGAAUUUUAGAAGAAUAAUUCAUAACCAUUUUAGAUAAAUAGUUUUAAAUUUUUUUUAUAAAUAUGUAAAUAAAUAUACUUUUAAUUAGCCGA